AAGGAGGAGAAGGUCCGAAGAACCGUCAAGCGAGUCCUGAAGUGCGACGUGACCCAGCCCAACCCUUUGGCCCCGCUCUCUCUCCCUCCGGCCGACUGCCUGCUCUCCGCCUUGUGCCUAGAAGGGGCUUGCAAAGACCUGCCCGCCUACCGCGCUGCCCUGAAGAACAUCAGCUCCCUCGUAAAACCUGGAGGGCGUUUGGUUCUAUUGGCCAUCCUGGAAGAAACUUUCUACAUGGUUGGCCAGCGCCAGUUCUCUUGCCUUUACCUGGAUCGGGAAUCUGUGGAAGAAAGUGUGAAAGAGGCUGGCUUUGAUAUCGAGUGGCUGGAAAUGAGCCAGCUCUGCUUCCCGGGGACUUUGUACGAUGCCAAGGAAGCAUGUGUGCUGGUGGCACGGAAACACUGACGGGCAGGGCUCUUUUGG